AUGUCUCACUACUACACACAACCUGUGAACAAAUUAGAGGACCAGCCGAGUACAAAACAGUGUGCUGUGCCAGAGAUCCCCAUGUGCCGCAUCUGUCAUGAAGGAGGCCUGCAAGAGGAACUGCUGUCCCCUUGUGAAUGUUUGGGGACUAUGGCCACCAUCCACCGAAGCUGUUUGGAGCACUGGCUUUCUGCCUCAGGGACCAGUUUCUGUGAGCUCUGCAACUACCAAUUUACUGUGCAGAGGAAGUCCCGGCCGCUGCUGGAGUGGCUACAAAACCCAGGGCUUCAUCAGGAAAAGCGCACACUGUUUGGGGACAUGGUGUGUUUCCUUCUCAUUACACCAUUGGCUACCAUCUCUGGCUGGCUGUGCCUUCGAGGUGCCAUAGACCACCUGCACUUCUCAAGCCGGCUGGAGGCUGUGGGGCUCAUCGCACUCACAGUUGCCCUCUUCACUAUUUACCUUUUCUGGACUCUGGUGUCUCUUAGGUAUCACUGUCGUCUUUAUAAUGAGUGGAGACUGUCGAAUCAGAGAGUGCUGCUGUUACUCCCCAGGUCCCACAGUGAGCCAGUGCUUCACUCCUUGAGCAGCUGGCAGCGGGUGAAGAAUAUCUCCAAAGAGUCAAUAGUUUGA